UGUUCCAAGCCGCGACCCGACGCGCACGGAUGAAGACCGAAGAGCAAGUCCCCGAGGACAUGGCGCGACGGCCGGCGGCCACGCGCCGUCAGGAAAAACCUCCCUUUUCCUACAUCGCGCUCAUUGUGAUGGCUAUCCGGCACUCCCCCAACAAGAGGCUGACUCUUAGUGAGAUAUAUGCCUUUCUGCAACAACAGUUUCCGUUUUUCCGUAGUUCAUAUCAGGGCUGGAAAAAUUCGGUACGGCACAACCUGAGUUUGAAUGAGUGUUUUGUCAAGUUGCCGAAAGGCCUAGGGCGCCCCGGGAAAGGGCAUUACUGGGCGAUACACCCGUCCUCGGAAUACAUGUUCGAGGAUGGCUCGUUCAGACGGCGACCUCGAGGCUUCCGGCAGAAAUGCUCGACGCUGAAACCCCAGUACGCGGGUGGCGGCUACCUAUGCGGAAGUGGAGUGCCUCCGUUGCCCUCAUCCCAGCCGACGGCUUACGAGCUGGGCAGCACAAGCAGUGCCAGCGGAAGCACGGCAUUGGAGUAUGCAGCAAGCGGGUACACGGGUGCCAGCACCAGUCAGCAGAUGGGGUACGGUACGAGUGGAGAGUACUACCCGUACAGUACCUUGGGGGAUCGUGAUUGGCCCGCGGGUUACGGCGCCGGCGGGGGCAGCUUGGAGCCCUCACCCGCGCGCCACGACCUGCCCGAGCUGAUACCGAACUACCAGUACAGCGUCUCCAACGACUACGGCAUGCGAGUGCACGGUCAAAUGCUGUCACCUAAUUCCCUGACCGGUCCGCCGAUUAUCGCUUUGAGCAAUUUCGGGCACCACAUGUCAUCACCGGUCCCCCCCGUUACGGACAGGAAGCCCCCCACCCCCCUGCCGGCACUGCCCCCCGCGCCUUCCACCAUGGCCAUCACCUCACCGAGCUCCACUUCAUCCACCUUCCAUUCAUAUUAUGACCACAUCAUAGGAAAUGGAUAUCAAUAGACAAAUUCCGUUAGAGUGACAGAGAGGACAAUAGCUUCAAUAAAGGCUGGAGCGAAACAAGCAAACAUUAUAGAGUCGAUUAUCGAUCAAUAUUUACAUAUUUUAAUAUUAAAUGUUUUAAACAAUGUUUCGUAGCCGAUCCUAUUUUUAAAAGAUUAAUUAUUAAGAAAUAACUAUUGUGAUUUCAUUAUAGUAUACCUAGUAUUAUAUAGAUUUAGUGUUAAGCCAAAGAUUAGCGGUGACCAAAGAGUAAAUUUAAAUCCAAACAUAAUAGAAUACAUUGAGAAAGCGCAAGAACGAAUACAAUUCUCUAUGACUAAUAAAUACCUCCUGAAACUGAUGAAACAGUUGAUUUUUAUAGUAUUAGAAGUGACGAAGACGUUCUUCUCAAAAACGCAAAAUUGAGAAAGGUGAUCUUAUAAAUUAAUAAUAAUAAUAUUUAUUAAUCUUCAAAUUGAAUACGUUUAUUAGUAUUUCAUCUUGGAAAUUCGGUUGUUGUUAUACAUCGAACACAUAUAAGUAAUAUUCGUCGUAUGCGUGUUAGAAUCAUCACUGAAUAUUUUUGUUCUCAACUUUUGUUUUCGUAAUCUAUUGGUACCUUAAUAUUAGGUUUAAGUUGUAGACUCGCUAUGGAGUAAGAUAUUGAUAUGGAAUAAGAUAUAUAUGUAAGCUGUUUCUUUUAAAUAAAAUAUAAAACAAUAA